AUGCCCGAAUUACCCGAAGUAGAAACCGUUCGACAAAUUUUAAUCAAGUCCGGAAUAAUUAAUCAAAUUAUCCAAAAAGUAGAGGUUUACAGUAGUAAAUUAAUUAAGGAUAUAAACGAAAAAGAAUUUAUUGAUUUAUUAUUCGGACAAACUAUUCACAAAUUAGAGCGAAAAGGAAUGACCGGAAAAUAUUUUGUGGAAGAAAGCUUGCUUACUCCGGAACAAAAAGCGUCAAUCAGUUUAAUUUUCCCUCUCGGCAACGGGCAGAAAUUAAUUUAUUGUGAUGCUCGCCGCUUUGGAAAUUUUCGUUUACAAACUUUGGCGGAUUAUCAACAAUUAAAACCUUAUAAAGAUAUUGGAAUUGAUUUGCUUAAUGAGCCGGUAGAUGCUAAAUAUUUAUUUACCCAUUACCAAAAACGCAAAAUCCCCAUUAAAAUUGCUUUGUUAGAGCAAGAUAUUAUUAGUGGAAUUGGUAAUAUUUAUGCCUCGGAAGUGCUUUUUGACACUAAAAUCCACCCUUUGAAAAAAACCCAUGAACUUACUUACUCGGAAGUAGAAAAAAUAAUUUAUUCAGCUCAAUCUAUUUUAAAAGAAGCCUUGAAAUUGGGAGGAACUUCGGCUUUUGAUUUCAUUAAUCCCUUAGCCCAAAAAGGUGAUUAUCAAACUAAAUUGAAAGUUUAUGCCCGAACUAAAAAACCUUGUUAUGUUUGUGCCACUUUAAUUGAAGUUAAAGAAGUUAAUGGACGAAGCACCUUUUUUUGUUCGCAGUGUCAGAAAUUAGAUUUAUGGGAUUAA